ACUUCAAGCUAGGUAUGGGAGCCAGAGGAGUUAUUUCUGAUAAAUGGUCCAUGAGGGUUCUCUGGGCCUGUGCUAUUGGAAGUGGUAUAAGCCUGUAUUUUGUGGCUGUGGAAAGACAAGCACAGAACAGGGCACGGAUGUUAGCUCAAAAUUUACAGGCCAUGGAGGAAGAAUCAGGCGAUGCUGCAGAUGCUUGAUAGUUAUAUUAUAGUCAAUAACUAGUUGAGAACUUCCAUAAUUCCCAAGUUCUCCUUUUUAUCAUUUUGGCCGUUGUAAGGAUUAUGUGAAAAGUUUUGUUUUCAGAAUUGAGUAUAGGGAAUUCCCCUGUAGACCAGAAUUUAAUAAGUGAUGUUUAGAAUUAGAAUAUAGAAGAGGCUGUAGAGAUCGAUCUCUGCGGGGGAGUACCUGUUCAGUUAUGAGUCUUUCUCAUGUGAUAUUAUUGUUGGUUGAAUUUCAAAAAUACUUUUCCUCUGUUGCAAAACUUUCUUUGU